CCUUUCCACUCCUUCAUUCCCGCUUCUGCCUCUUGGUCUUAUUUUCUCCCAACUCUAUUUGUUCCCCGUGUCGUUUCUUCAUCUUCAAACCAGGUGUGGAGUUGUUUCUUCAUCUGCAAACAAGAUGCGGAGCUCUUGGGCUUGAUUCCACUUUCGCAAUUAAACUUGCAAAGAAAUUUGUCGAGAAGAGAAACAAGGAAGCCCGUUGCGGAAGAAGUUGAUAGAGUCAUACCUAAUCCGUGGUGCGAUGGCCUGUGUCCGUGGGUGUGGUGGUAGGGGAACUUUUUUCGCAACAACGGUGUUUCAGUGUCUUCACGGCGAGUUUCCGGUGACUCAAGCGCGGCGUUUUCACGACGCGAGGAUCUCGUUCUCCAGCGUUUUAGCGACAACAGAGACUUGGAUGGAAUUCGCGAUUUAUUUAAGUUUGAAUUCGGGUUCUGUUUUUAGGGAUUUGAAUGGGGUUUUCUUCCGGUGUCCCAUGAUUUUGGGUAUGGUUGUGGAGGAGAAGAAAUUCCAGGUAUGGAAGCUAUUUUAGUGGGAUUGAUUGCUUGUAUGUGGUACAUAUUGCAGUCAAGUUGUUGUUAUCAAAGUUCUGAAUAUGGACCCGGGUAUAGUGAAAAAACGGAGGGGAGUGAAUAUGGAUCUGGGUAUGGGGAAGAACAACAACAGGACAAUGGGUAUGGUUAUGGAGGGAGGAGUGAGUAUGAUGAGAAACCUAGCUAUGGGAGCCAAGGAGGUGUUGAGAAUGAUUAUGGGCAUCCACCUCAGGAGGAGGGCUACCGAAAGCCUUGCUAUGAGAAGCGUGAUGAUGAGGGCUAUGGACACAAGAAAUAUUCAAUAUAGGUGAGCUGGAUAGCCUACUGUCAGUUCAGUUCAAGUGGAUCAUAAAGAAGAACAAAGAAUGAGUAGAAGACCACCUCCUGAUCCCGUGGCAGUGCUAAGAGGCCAUCGAGCUUCGGUCACAGACAUUUCUUUUCAUCCCUUUAAGCCGAUAUUAUUCUCCGGUUCUGCUGAUGGUGAAGUCCGAAUUUGGGAUACCCUUCAACAUCGAACCGUGUCAUCUGCAUGGUUACAUAGUGCUGCACAUGGUAUUGUUGUUGUUGCUUGUGCUUCUUCCCUCAGAACCAAUAAAUUUGCCAGGUGCAUCCUUUUCUACUUGAUCUCCCCCGGUUCUGUUUUAAUAUCCAAUUAUAUUCUUGCUUUAUCAAUAUUCAUUAUUCUGUAUAUGUGUAGCCAGGGUAGGGAUGGAACUGUAAAAGUUUGGGAAUUUGAUGAUGCCGGUUUGUCAAGGUAUAUGAUAAAGAAGCAUGAAGAAAAUGAAGAACAAGAGUGAUAAUUGUUAUUGCAUAACACUUUUUAAUUUAUUAUGUAGAAGUUUAUUUUUAAUUUUUAGGACAAACAUUUGUUAUUUCUUAAGUUUACAAGUUAAUUUGUUUUUAAUUUUACA